AUGAGUACAAGAACAGUGAGCCACACGGUUUCUUCACCCGUUUCAUCACCAAUUGAGUUGAUUGCUACAUUGCCGACGGAUCCUCAAUCCCGCAAAAUCCCAAUCACUGUUAUCCUCGGAUUCAAAACGGUUGAAGAUGAAGAACCGAUGAGUUUGGCCAGUUACCACUAUGCCAUACCGUACCGCGACACAGACCAAGUAGUGAGCACACCACUGCUAGAUACAAACAACGACUGGAUAAGAGAUAUCACUAGACAAGUUGCCACUAUUAUGUGUAAGAAGUUCCACAAACCAUGCUACGUUGGUUGGUCCAACGCCCUUGGACAACAUACAACCCCAGAUCAACUUUUCGUGGUAAAAAAUUGUAUAGAGUUCAUAAACGAUCAACUAAAUAAAUGA